AUGGCGGAGUUUGCGCUCUCCAGUCGCAUGAUAGGCUCCAAACUGGCUCUUCUAGUUCAGGGCAUCAGAGGUGCAGCUGGAAGGAAAUUAUUUAGCACGAGUGCACUUUUCACCCAUCUCUCCCUCCUCGUGUCAGGUUGUGCAUCAGGAGACAUUGAGAAGAGGAUUGUUGGGGAGUAUCGUGUCCAGAUAGACUCUGUUCAGGGGGGCAAGACCUGCAGAGGCGCUCUGAUUAACACCCGCUGGGUCAUCACGGCUUCUCAUUGUGCCGAACGGACUGCCAAAGUGAAGAUUGGCUUAAAUAACCAAGUACCAUUUUUGAAACAAGUUAAAGUUUUUUUAAAAAAUUUUUUAGGAUCCCCCCAAUAUCUUGAACGGGACAUUGAUCCUAAACAACAGUUUACCUUCAAAGAAGGUGAUCAACCCCAUGAUAUUAUGCUGAUAAAACUGAACUCCAGAUUUUACAACCCCAAGAAUUUAAAGUGUGCUAUGACUGAGAUAGCUCAGUGUGGAGAGAAUGAUAAACCUGAUAGUAAAUACUUUAGUGAUGAGUCUACCACCAUGUGUGCUCAUAAACCUGGCGUGGAGUCCUGUUUUGGUGAUGCUGGUACAGCUGUGGAGCACAACGGCAUUUUACAUGGAAUAAUUGUCAGUAACCCUGUUGAUAAGUGUGCAAAUCCUGUUGUAAUGCUGAAUAUUUGUCACUACAGACAGUGGAUUGCUGACACCAUGCGGAACAAUCCAUGA